GGGUGGAGCAGGUCUUAUAGGGCUUGGUUGGUCAUCAUGAAGACUUUGGACUUCACUAAAUGACUUGGGAACUUGUUGGGCCUUGAGCUAAAGAGUGACAUGACCCAAUUUCUGUAUUAAAAGGAUAACCCUGACUAGUGUGUUCAGAAUAGAGUAGGGUGAGCAGGGUAGCAAAUGAAGGGAGAACCAUGGUCAGGAGACCACUGCAGUGUCCCAGGCUGAUGGUGAGGGUAUCUUGGACCAACCAAGACAUCACCACCACGGGUGCGGAGCGUGGUCAGCAUCUGCUGUGUUUCGAAUCCUGAACUGAUAGAAAUUGGCAACGUCUGACAGGAACAGAUGAGCUGGAGAUGCCUCCAAGUUUUCUCUCCUGAGCAACUGGAAGAAAAUAGUUCUUUUAACUCAGAUGGGGAAGACGCAGGGGAAGGAUGGGUUUGGGAAGAAAUACGCAGGCUUCAUGUUGGGACCUGUUAAGUAUGAAAUAGCUCUGAAGCAUCCAAUUGGAAAUAUUGAGGUGGCAAUGAGAUCGAAGAGUCUGGCGUUAGUGAGCAGUCUGGGCUAGAAAUAUAAAUGUGGGAAUUAUCCGGCUAUCAUUGGUAUCUAAAACUCUGAGACUGGAGGAAAGCAUUAAGGGGCUGGAUAGUGAAAGAAACAGGAGUGAUAGGGAAGAACUUGGAGGCACUCCCGUGUUAAGGAGUUACAGAGGUAACAGCAGAGGCUGAGAAGAAGUGGCCAAGAAAGACAGGAAACCCAGCGGUCUGGAAGCCAGGUGAAGGCAUGGGAGCAGGUUGAAAUGAUGGCUCAACAGGGGUUUGUUAGGCCAGUGGUCCUGAAAGUAUUGUCCCAAACCAGCUGCAGCAGCAGCAGCCUCUGGACACUUACUAGGGACGUGCAGCCUCUCAGACCCACUCCAGAGCUACUGGAUCAGAAACGGAAGGUGAGGCCCUUCAGCAGAUUCUGAUGCACAGUCCGGUUUUAAAACUACUGCCCUCUUCACAAAAUUGCCUGCACAAAAUUAUAAAUGGGAGAAAGGAGGAGGAGGAAGACGAGGAGGGGAGGAAGAAGAACUCUUUAUAGGAAGAGAAUAUUGUUGGAGACCCACUUAGUGCCCAAAGCAAACAGGUUCCUCAGAAUUAACUGCCUCCAACAACCCCCUCCCAUUUUAAAGCCUCCCACUAAUCAAUCUAUCAUGGCUCUUUGGAGAGAAGGAAUGCCCCCAUUUCACCGGACGGAGGGAAUGCUGAGCACCAGGCAUGCCAGACAUUCCACCGGCUAAAAAAAAGUGGGGGUGGUAUUCCAGGGUUAGCUUUGCUGGACCGUAAAUGCUGAAACUCCUUAGAUAUAAAGCUUAUUCCACCCAACCGUUUCCAAAUUUUCCUCCAGGCUGUCCUAGGAGAAUUCCACCCUCUUUCAUUCUGGGGAGAAGAAGUUAAAAUUAGGGCCAGCCCUGCGGGACUGACAUGCCAGAUGCAGGGAAGCUGUCCCCAGAAAUAAGCGAGUUCCCACCGCGGCUGGGCGGGGCGGGCGCCUCCGGUCCCAACCCAGCGGAGGGACUCCUGGAAGGCCUGCCCCUUCCAAGUGUCUGCAAGGGCUCUGGUCCCAAGCUUUAAAAUCCUGAGCGAAGGCACUGCUGGCCGACCUCUCCUCUCCCAGCCAGUUGUGGCUGGCCUUUCAAAGUGUGCAGUUGUCUCCUCCCUGUCCAGCCCCACCGUCGCCCAGGACCAGCUGGGCCGCGGUCUGACCUGAGGCUGCUGCUCAGCGCCGGGGCGCUGGCACUCUCCAUUCGGGCACCUUCCAGCAAACCACUCGGCUCCGGGAGCCGCUCUGCAAAGUUGGGCAGCUCAGAGCGCAAGCUUUACCUCUCGACUUCUCCCUUCCCGGGUCCCCGGCGCCCCUGCCUCCCACGAUCCCUUUCACUAGGAGCAGCCUGUCCCAGGGGACUGGCAACUUGCACCUCUUCCUAGUCAUCCUCCCUGAAACGCGACUAUGCUGUUAAGGGGCGUCCUCCUGGCGUUGCAAGCCCUGCAGUUCGCGGGUGCCCUCGACCUGCCCGCUGGGUCCUGCGCCUUUGAAGAGAGCACUUGCAGCUUUGACUCCGUGUUGGCCUUUCUGCCCUGGAUUUUAAAUGAGGAAGGUCAUUACAUUUAUGUGGAUACCUCCUUUGGCAAGCAGGGGGAGAAAGCUGUGCUGCUAAGUUCUGACUUACAGGCUGAGGAAUGGAGCUGCCUCCGCUUGGUCUACCAGAUAACCACAUCUUCAGAGUCUCUGUCAGAUCCCAGCCAGCUGAACCUCUAUAUGAGAUUUGAAGAUGAAAGCUUUGAUCGCUUGCUUUGGUCAGCUAAGGAACCUUCAGACAGCUGGCUCAUAGCCAGCUUGGAUUUGCAAAACAGUUCCAAGAAAUUCAAGAUUUUAAUAGAAGGUGUACUAGGACAGGGAAACACAGCCAGCAUUGCACUGUUUGAAAUCAAGAUGACAACCGGCUACUGUAUUGAAUGUGACUUUGAAGAAAAUCAUCUCUGUGGCUUUGUGAACCGCUGGAAUCCCAACGUGAACUGGUUUGUUGGAGGAGGAAGUAUUCGGAAUGUCCAUUCCAUUCUCCCACAAGAUCACACCUUCAAGAGUGAACUGGGCCACUACAUGUACGUGGACUCGGUUUAUGUGAAGCACUUCCAGGAGGUGGCACAGCUCAUCUCCCCGUUGACCACGGCCCCCAUGGCUGGCUGCCUGUCAUUUUAUUACCAGAUCCAGCAGGGAAAUGACAAUGUCUUUUCCCUUUACACUCGGGAUGUGGCUGGCCUUUACGAGGAAAUCUGGAAAGCAGAUAGGCCAGGGAAUGCUGCCUGGAAUCUUGCAGAGGUCGAGUUCAAUGCUCCUUACCCCAUGGAGGUUAUUUUUGAAGUUGCUUUCAAUGGUCCCAAAGGAGGCUAUGUUGCCCUGGAUGAUAUUUCGUUCUCUCCUGUUCACUGCCAGAAUCAGACAGAACUUCUGUUCAGUGCCGUGGAAGCCAGCUGCAAUUUUGAGCAAGAUCUCUGCAACUUUUACCAAGAUAAAGAAGGUCCAGGUUGGACCCGAGUGAAAGUAAAACCAAACAUGUAUCGGGCUGGAGACCACACUACAGGCUUAGGGUAUUACCUGCUAGCCAACACAAAGUUCACAUCUCAGCCUGGCUACAUUGGAAGGCUCUAUGGGCCCUCCCUACCAGGAAACCUACAGUAUUGUCUGCGUUUUCAUUAUGCCAUCUAUGGAUUUUUAAAAAUGAGUGACACCCUAGCCGUUUACAUCUUUGAAGAGAACCAUGUAGUUCAAGAGAAGAUCUGGUCUGUGUUGGAGUCCCCAAGGGGUGUUUGGAUGCAAGCUGAAAUCACCUUUAAGAAGCCCAUGCCUACCAAGGUGGUUUUCAUGAGCCUAUGCAAAAGUUUCUGGGACUGUGGGCUUGUAGCCCUGGAUGACAUUACAGUACAAUUGGGAAGCUGCUCAUCUUCAGAGAAACUUCCACCACCACCUGGAGAGUGUACUUUCGAGCAAGAUGAAUGUACAUUUACUCAGGAGAAAAGAAACAGGAGCAGCUGGCACAGGAGGAGGGGAGAAACUCCCACUUCCUACACAGGACCAAAGGGAGAUCACACUACUGGGGUAGGCUACUACAUGUACAUUGAGGCCUCCCACAUGGUGUAUGGACAAAAAGCACGCCUCUUGUCCAGGCCUCUGCGAGGAGUCUCCGGAAAACACUGCUUGACUUUUUUCUACCACAUGUAUGGAGGGGGAACUGGCCUGCUGAGUGUUUAUCUGAAAAAGGAAGAAGAUAGUGAAGAGUCUCUCUUAUGGAGGAGAAGAGGUGAACAGAGCAUUUCCUGGCUACGAGCACUGAUUGAAUACAGCUGUGAGAGGCAACACCAGAUUAUUUUUGAAGCCAUUCGAGGAGUAUCGAUAAGAAGUGAUAUCGCCAUUGAUGACGUUAAAUUUCAGGCCGGACCCUGUGAAGAAAUGGAAGAUACAACUCAACAAUCAUCAGGACAUUCUGAGGACUUAAAUGAAAUUGAGUAUUAAGAAAAGAUCUGAAUUGGAUUAACGAGACAAAAAUCAUACCUCUCCUCAAUCAAAAUGAAAACAAAGCAAAUGAAUACUGGACAGUCUUAACAAUUUUAUAAGUUAUAAAAUGACUUUAGAGCACCCUCCUUCAUUACUUUUGCAAAAACAUACUGACUCAGGGCUUUUUCUUUUUGCAUAUGACAACUGUUACUAGAAAUACAGGCUACUGGUUUUGCAUAGAUCAUUCAUCUUAAUUUUGGUACCAGUUAAAAAUACAAAUGUACUAUAUUGUAGUCAUUUUAAAGCACACAAAGGGCACAAUCAAAAUGAGAUGCGCUCAUUUAAAUCUGCAUUCAGUGAAUGUAUUGGGAGAAAAAUAGGUCUUGCGGGUUUCCUUUUGAAUUUUAAGUAUCGUAAAUAUUUUUAAAUAUUAUGGGGUGUCAGUAAUAUCUGCAGAAUGAAUGCAGUCUUUCAUGCUAAUGAGUUAGUCUGGAAAAAUAAAGUCUUCUAUGUUUUAUUCAUAGAAAUGGAGUAUUAAUUUUUAAUAUUUUCACCAUAUGUGAUAACAAAGGAUUUUUCAUGAAUGUCCAAAGGUAAGUCAGUAUUAAUUAAUGAUGUAUUACAAGGCAAUGCUACCUUCUUUAUUCCCCCCCUUUGAACUACCUUUGAAGUCACUAUGCGCACAUGGAUAGAAACUUAACUCUUUUUUGUAAAGCAAGCUUAAAAUGUUUAUGUAUACAUACCCAGCAAUUUUUAUAAAUGUGUUAAACAAUUUUACUGAUUUUUAUAAUAAAUGUUUUGGUAAGAUUUUGAAUACUAUACAUUCAGGCAGAUAUACUAAACGGCUUUUUAUUGUUUAGAAAAUUGUAUAUAUAUGUUUGUGUAUCCUAACAGCUAUUAUGAAAUUAUAAAAUUACCUAAUAAAAAUAAUUUGAAAAUCUU